AUGAAUGGAAAUGAGUGGGGUUCUGGAGACAAACGGCGUAGUAAACGGCGGCUGUUAGCUUCACUGGAUGGGAAGUAUUUAGAGAAUUGCCUGGCUGUUAGAUUGCGACCGUUUGUUAUAUUUAGCAAUGGUGUACUGCAAGUGCUCCGAUUCGGUGGCUUUGGAGUAAAGGGAAGCGGCCUCGCCGGCCUGUAUCUUGACUUGGAUGUUUCCUGGAUGCAGUUUAUCACUGGCCGUGCGCCAUUCUAUGCCCUCUCAGACAGCAGCCGGAUCUUGAUAAUUGGUGACGAGGAGGCUUCACGAACAACAACCUUGGAUUACGAUCACGGGGUUUUUGCCCCUGUUCAUUAUCUUGGUGAGAUAGCUUAC